AUGAAUGAGCGGGCAUUGUCGCUGGCGGAGGGUUUUGUCUCGGCGAAUUAUGUUCAGGCAGGAGGAGAGGCACUCCGCGCAAAUGAGCGUUUGGUACGUUCCGUCCUUGCCCAGCGUCGGUGUCCUGAGAAGGGCAUGUCAGAUGUUGCCAUUGAGUGGCUGCUGCAUCAACUUGCGUUGAUGGAUACAAAUAACUUUCCUGCACAUGUCGGUGCGGGGGAGCGGGAGGGUCGCGUCGCAGCGCCACUUGUUGCACGGAGGAACUACGGCCUUGCUCACGGUAUCGGACGCUCUGGUGAUAUUUUGAGCGACCAACCAAAGGCAGCCGGUUCGAGUUUGAUACACAAAUUAACAAACUGCAUGAUGUUAGAUCUGCUGCGACUCGCAGGAGCGCCGUCCAUUGAGUCGGCUGUGGUUUUCCCCAUGGCUACAGGAAUGACACUGUCGUUGGUGUUACGCGCUCUGGCGUUGUUGCGGCGAGAUGAGAAGCGGAAGGAAAUGCCGGAUUUGCUGAAGGGUGCCGUGGAGGACGAGCCCCGCUAUGUCAUUUGGGCCCGUAUUGAUCAAAAGACGGCACUGAAGUGUAUUGAAGCGGCAGGAUUUGUGCCAGAGAUUGUGGAACUUCGGCAUGCACCGUUGCAGCGAAAAGGCACCUGUGGUUUAGGGUUAGGUAGUGAGACGUGCCUGCAUCCCUUUUUUCUUCAAGUCCACCUGGACGACAUCGUCGCCGCGAUUCAACGUGUUGGUGGGCCCAAACAUGUGCUUUGUGUGCUUUCGACGACCAGCUGCUUUGCUCCACGUAUCCCGGACGACGUUCUUGCCAUCGCCAAGCAUUGUAAAUUCAUGAAUAUCCCGUACGUGGUCAAUAAUGCCUACGGCGUGCAAAGCCGAGUCAUCAUGCGGCGUCUGGAUGCGGCGAUGCGGUUGGGGCGCAUAGACGCCAUGGUGCAGUCAGGAGACAAAAAUUUUCUUGUCCCCGUAGGCGGCGCCGUGCUUAGCGGUAAAAAGCAUGUGGUGGAACGUGCUGCCGCCUUGUACGCAGGGCGCGCAAGUAUUUCGCCGAUUGUGGAUCUCUUUAUAACGGCUCUGAGUAUGGGCCGCGGCGGCUUUCAACGCCUCUGGGAAGUACGUUAUGAGGUGCUGAACAUGGUUCAGCAAGGGCUGCGUAGGUUUGCGAUGGCUAGGGGUGAAGUUUUGCUAGAGGAAGAAGAUGUAAAUGACAUCGCCGCUUCCGCCUCCGCUGCUGGCUCUACUGGGGCUGCCGCAACAGCGUCUUGUACAGUACGUGGAACACAUAGGAAUGACAUUAGCUUUGCAGUUACCAUGCAUACGGUGGGAGGGGCGGCGAAUGCAAAGGCGAUAGGAGCGCGUCUAUUUCGUGGCGCUGUCACAGGACCACGGGUAAUUGUACCUGACUCGACGAUAAAACAAUUGUGUGGGUUGUCGUUUCGUAACUACGGCAUGCACACCGAUGAGGUUCUGCCAUGCCCGCUACUUGUCAUGGCGUGUGGAAUUGGUACGACGGCGGAGGAGGUACGUGGAGUCAUGGAGCGACUGGAGGUGGCGUGGCCAUUACCAAGAACACUAUCAUCAGCACCGCUGGUAGCAGCAUCCGUAAUGGAACCGCCGUUGGAAAAGAUAAAAGAUGUGGCACCUGAAGUUGUUGUCAAUUAUGGUGUGGAUGACAGCGGAGAGGAGGAGGAGGCAUUAUAA